GAUCGUGGUAGUUUGUAAAUGCAGCGUAGGAAAAGUACACGCUCCUCACAGUUCCGGCUGAACAGAACGGCCCCUGGCAGUCAAAUGAGCUGACGCCGCCGGAGGAAGCGGGGAGGACUGUGCGUUUCUUUAGCCUCGAGCAAACAGAACCAUCAAGGUUUCCACAGCAAGACUGAACUGAAGUGUAGUACUGGAUCAACCGGACAAUCACUCGUAGAGAAUAAUGGCUAGUGAGGGUGGACUGUCCCAUCGAAGCAGAAGAAUGAUGCCAGUGGUCUCCCCAUCUCUUGAGAGAGAUGCUGGUGUGAGAGGUUUUGAAUCUGAUGGGCAUGUCCGGUUGACCAGCAACGGAUGUAUGGAUCUAGAACACAUUAUCACCAAAAAAAGGCAGAUGCAGAUGAAAACCGAGAGUUUAAGGGGGGACCUGAUGAAGCGAUUUGAUGCUCAAGUCAAAGAGUUUGUUGAAGCUAUGAUCGAAGAAUCCAUCAGUUUUGAGCCUACACCUCCUGUGUUUGCGUCUUCAGUUUCGGAGAAAGACAAGAUGAGGCAACUGAGACCAUCCCCGGAACAAGGAAAACUUUUUAUAAGUCGACGCUCUCUUCUUGAUGAGCUGUUUGAGGUGAACCAUAUUCGUACCAUCUACCACAUGUUCAUUGCUCUUCUUAUCCUUUUCAUCAUCAGCACUCUUGUUGUGGACUUUAUAGAUGAAGGAAGGCUUGUUCUAGAUUUCAGUCUUCUUGUUUAUGCCUUUGGCAAUUUUCCUUUGGUUGUUUCAACUUGGCUAUGCAUGUUCCUGUCAACAUUCACCAUUCCCUACGCAUUGCUCCACCAGUGGGCACGUCAGUAUCGUUCAGCACGGUUCAAAAGGCUGAGUUGUUUGUGGGCUGGCACUCUCUUUUUGAUUUUUCAAACCGUAGUCCUUGGGUUUUUGCCAACCUAUGUUGUCCUCAGGAAUAACUUGCCACCAGCUUCCAGGUUUAUCAUCAUUCUGGAACAGGUACGCCUCAUAAUGAAAGCCCAUUCUUUCAUCAGAGAAAAUGUCCCCAAAGUGCUGUCUUCUGGGAAGGAGAAGUCCAACUUGACUGUGAUGCCUCAGAUAUCUCAAUACUUAUAUUUCCUCUUUGCACCAACUCUCAUUUACCGAGACAACUAUCCCAGAAAUCCAGUGAUCAGAUGGGGUUAUGUUGGUACAAAAUUUUUACAGGUUUUGGGCUGCCUGUUCUAUGUGUACUAUGUAUUUAUGCGGUUAUGCAUUCCUCAGUUCAGAAACAUAAGUCUUCAGCCUUUUAACCUAAAGGUGACGGUGCUCUGUGUGUUUAAUUCUAUUCUCCCAGGUGUUCUGAUUUUGUUUCUGGCGUUUUUCGCAUUCCUUCACUGCUGGUUAAAUGCAUUUGCAGAGAUGCUGCGAUUUGCAGACAGAAUGUUUUAUAAGGACUGGUGGAAUUCAACCUCAUUUGCCAACUACUAUCGGACCUGGAAUGUUGUUGUCCAUGACUGGCUAUAUUACUAUGCUUACCGAGAUUUUCUUUGGAUAUUUGGAAAACGAUUCCGUGCAGCUGCCAUGCUCUCUGUCUUCACCGUGUCCGCUGUUGUUCAUGAAUAUGCCCUCGCCAUUUGCUUUGGAUUUUUUUAUCCAGUCCUAUUCUGCCUGUUCAUGUGUUUUGGAAUGCUCUUUAACUUUAUUCUUCAUGACCGGAGAAAAGGUCCCAUUUGGAAUGUGAUCAUGUGGACAUCCUUGUUUCUGGGUCAGGGUGUCUUGCUGUGUUUGUACUCUCAGGAAUGGUAUGCCCAUCAUUAUUGUCCACUUCAGAAUCCCUCCUAUCUGGACCUCCUUACACCCCGUUCGUGGACAUGUCACAAUCAGGCUGUCCAAGUAAAGGCUGAUUAAGCAUCGACUAGCUUUUUGUUUUGAAUGAGGGUAACAUUUUUUUGCACUCAGAAUUUUGUCAUGGAUAACGACACAACAGUUUGCACCUUGUGGGCCAAAGGUGAUAAAGGUGUUUUGAUAAUCUAGGUAAUUUGUCGUCUGUUUUUGGAUGAGGGGAACGAUCUACAAUUUCCUGCAAUAGUGUUGUAUUCCAGUUUGCCAUUUUCUUGAACAGACCUUCUCAGUAACUGUACCAAUGCUGUAGCAUUUUCAGUAAUCAGAAGCCCUGUUUAUAGAUUUUCUUGUUUUAUUAUACUCAAAUCAAUAACUCUGUAUCUGUUAAUUAAUAAUGUAAGGAUUAGGCAUGGCCCCAGAACACAGAAUAUGGAGUUACUGCAGAAUAACGGGAUUUGGCCAAAAAAAAAAUCACAGUUUCCUAAAUUCUCUAUAUCUAUCAAUUUAUUCUCUGUAACAAGCAAAAAUGAAUUAUACUGCAUAGUACUGUUAUUUCAGUUUAAUAUCUUUAUAUCAAAAAAGAUUUUUUGUUUUCCUCUAAGGGCAUUUUUGAUAGAAAGAGUAACAAAGAUUUUACAUAUUUAUUAUUUUUAGAAGCAGCUUCAUGGUUGGACAAAUAAGUCUCUAGACCAUUAUAAUGAUGUGAAUGCAAAAGAACAUUAGUAAUAUGUACCCUUAUAUAUAUUUUGUUGGUAUUGUUGCGGGGCACAAGCGGUUACACCUGAGCCAGAUAAACUACUGUACUUCUGCACAGAUUGUGCACUGACGUGUAGCUAUGGGAUAUUCUUCAUACUAUAUACACAAAGUAUAUAAUCAAUUUGAUCAGUAAGAAAACCUCCUCAGACCGUGUAAUGUUUGUUUGUUUUUUUUCUGCUGGAGAUGGUAUGCAGUUGGGCCAUCUAAAAUUCACUAAUGUUUACAGUUCCUCUUUGUUUUGAGGUAUUGGGAUCUCUUACUGUCAAAUCCAAUGGCCUACUGAUUGAUCUUGUCACUUGAUCUGAGCUCCUGCUGUGCACAAUGUUACAAUGGUGGAUGUGUCUGUAAAAUUUGCCUUGCUUGUCAUAGGUUAUACACCAAGAAUGUAUGAACUGUUGUCUAUACUACUGUAUCAGUGUUAUAAGUGAUUGUUGGUACCAUGAAAGAAGUCAUUCCAGUUUUGCACAGUGAUUACCCACAUUGCCUCUCUCACAAUUUGAUAGUAAAAUGUUUUUGCAGAGUUAGUGAUCAGCCUUGUACCUUUCGCUGGUUGCAGUUAACCAUUGAACAGAACUGUAGAGUUGUGUUGUGGAAUUACAAGUUUAACACAGAAGACCAAACACUGGCCUUCACUUUGGACAUUUAGGUUGGGCGGUGGACGUUAGUUAAUCAUGCUUUAAACUGAUGUGCAUGGAGCUGGCUUCCAUACAUUUUAGAUUAUCUAUGGAAUAUUUAUCAUAUAAACUAAUGCUUUUCAUCAAAAAUAAAUGAAGUGUCAGAAAUGUAAUGUAUAAGAUGAAACUAUUGCUGUAGCCUGUAUUUUUUUAGGUUGGAUAGAGAUGGAAAUACAAUAUGACAUUGACAUUCUUUAAUUUACUACAACAGCUGCUUCAAAAAUUACUCCACUUUUAAUGCAAAGGUAAUUAUGGACAAAAAUAGUAAAUAAAGUAAAGUAAUAUAAAGUAAAGGAGUGCAUUACAAAAAGUUUAAUGUGAACAUUCCCUCUCAUCACAAAAAUAUAGGGAAAAAAAUGUGCUUUCGACACUGAAUUAGAUAUAAGCUGGAAGAUGUAUGUCCAGAAGUCAAGGAAAGAAUAAUUAUGUAAUUAAACAGAAGCCCGCAUGUUUCAUUUUCCAUUGCAAAUUUCUUGGACUGUUUUUCGUAUCAAGUAUUCGUAAUUAUUUACAAACCGAAGCAUGAAUUGUGUAACGUUUAAAGAGGACAUGUCUAAUUACGCUAGUGAGUAGAGAAUUGCUUAAGCCUGGUUACACUUUUAUACUGUUCAAGUCUGUUUCAAUAUGACAUUGUUACAAACUUGAAAUAUCAUUUAGCUCUCGCUGUAUUUUUUCAGUGUAACUUCCUAAUUGAGAAUUGGAAGAAGGUCAAGAUUAUUUUUGAGGAAAAUAACACAUAUGACUACUAAGUAUAUUGAAUGUACUUUCUAUUAAGAUGUUACGGAUAACUGUCAAUUUGUCCAAAGCAAUAAUUUCCAUGAUGUCUUUUUAUCAGCAAAGCAAAGUUACCAGGAACUAUAAAUACAAAUAUAAUUAUAAAUAUAAAAAAGCUACUGGAUUUGCAUGUUACUACUAAAAUAUUGUAUGUCAGAAGUUUAAGGGUUACUGUGCCACAUUUGGAGAAGUGCAUAUGAAAAACAAAUAAUCGUACACAAGCGUAGCACUGCUAGUACCGAACUCACAAAUGAACGAGAAUGAUGUCAUUUAUACUGCGCUCCUUGUGUGCUUUUCAGGGCAUAGUGUCACUCACCAUAUGCUUGAUGUGACCUUUAAAGAUGCAACUCCUUGCAUAUUGUGUUGUAUCAUAAAUAAAAGGUAGACCGCCAUCUUCAGUAGUUUGUUACUGAGGACAUCGCACAUGCAAUUUAAUAAGAUGACGUACAUGAACACGUGAAGUGAGUAAUCUUGAUGGUUUAUGUCUGUGAUGUUGAUGUCUUUUCGUGAGCUCCACAGACAAGUGGCUGCUGCAGUUAUUAAACAAUGCUGCAGUUAAAUUUAAUGAUGGAUUUCUCGUUCAUCUUCUCAAAUUGUUUGUCAAAAUACACAAAACAAGAUGAAGUAUUAGUUCAGUUUCUGAAGUAUUUAUCGAGUAAUAUUUUAGAGAGAUUUGUCAAGCAGGCAAAUUCUAAUUCUAUUUAGUGGUUUUAUUUUGCUAUGUACUUGCGUUCCAUUCUAAAAUGGCUUUAUAUUUGAAAGUGAACAAACUUUGAUUUGCAUUCUAUAGUCUGUUCUACUGUGCAGGUGUGAGGAUGUCUAGUUUAUGUUUUCCUAAAAUGCUCAAGUACAUUUAUUUAGAAAUCUUUAUUUUCCUGCAAUUUCUAACCAGUUGUGGCCUUAGGUAACAAGAAAUUGUGAAAAUAAAUUCAGCACAGAUUUUGCGCAGAAGCCAGUUUCUGCGAGAGGGAUUUUGCUUUAUUUGCAAUAGAAAUUGUUGUUUUCCUUUAAUUGGGUUAUAUAAAUUACUACUGAUCGCAUGUAUGUACUCACACACACAAAAAAAAAUAUAUACGUGCGUACGUACGUACGUACAUACAUACUGUAAAUAGAUAACCAUUAAAGAUGUGUGUUAUGAAUAACUCUCCAUGAUGAAUGAAACUGACAAACAUUCUAAUCUUUUUGGGACCAAAGGUGUGUACUUGAAGGCUUUAAUGUAGUUAACAAGUUCUAAACAUUUUGUGUGCUGUGUCUUAGCUCAGGUGCUCAAAAGAAAUAACUCUUAUCUCAGGGCCGUCUGGACACUUUGCUUGUCAUAAAAGCAUACAUAAGUUGUUUGCCUUUUUUUAGACUGAAAUAGGAAUUAUUUGUUUUAUUUUAACUUGAAGGUUGUUAACAUUGAUACACACUAUAAAGAGACGCUUGGUUUCUGCAAAUUCAGAAUCCUUUAUCUCUGUUUUCCUUUUCAUGCCUGCCCACUACCAUGUAGUGUGCUGCUAAUGCAUUGCACAAUAAGAGGCUGACAUUUUGUUUCAGCUGCAGUAUCGAUAUCACAAUUUCACCACUGGAACUAAGCGAUAGGCAGUGCUGCUAUGGUAUAAGUUUGAUGCCAAAAUUGGAAAAUAAUAGAAAGCCUUACUGCACUAAAACAGCUUACGUUGCUCAGAACAAGGGUGAGUCCUGCUGAAUUUUUGUGUUUCAUGGUUUGGUAUCCAUAAUGUACAGACUGCUAUGUCAUUUCAGUUAUAGGAGCUAACUGAUUCUAUAAAAUUAAAAGGUUAGUCUUAUUUGUAGUACUAUGUAGGACUGCUGUAAUAAUUUAACUAACAAACCUGUAUACUGACUUGAAUGCAGUGUGUAAUAGUAUUAUCUUUAUUGUUGUAUUGGCUGUGUAAUUUUUUUUUAUAGUAACCAUCAUGCAAAACCUGGCCAAAAAUUUUCUUGCCAAAUUAUUUUCCCAGUAAAAUGUUUCAAAUCAAGUGCAUUAGUAGAAAGACCGGCCUUUCUGUUUUGCCCUAUGAUGAGUGUCACAUAGAAUUUUUCCAUCAUCUCACAGUUCACGGCUCAAUUUCACUCUAUUUAAUCACUCAUCAAAAGGCAGUCAGGUUUAAUUUUUCAGUCAACUUUUAUAUAUGAAGGAAGUUCCCAUCCUGCAGGAGAUGCUCAAUACUGAUUGAGGCGUUUUGUUUGAAGUGAAUCAACUGUUCCAUUCUGAACAUCCUCAUUUACGAAAUAUAUUCUGUUCAACUGACAUUUCUAUACAUGACUUGUACAAAUCAGCCACGUUACAGGUUUAUCCGUCCAUUUAUUUCCUAAGAUGUUUUAACUCGUCCAUUGUCAUGAGCGAGCUGGAGGGCAUCCUAACAGUAUUUAUAUGUAAAGAACAAAGCAGGAAUGGGUGGAAUGCCAGGUCAUGAAGCAGCCUUAGAGUAAGUUUAUGUAGCUCAGAUACAACACAUUGCAAUGCAUUUCAUGGUUCAACUCCUUUCAUUUCUACCAUCACUAAUGGUACGUUCACAUAUCCCUCACUUUUAUGGUGUCACUGUCUUUCAUCUCGUGUUACAUUAUAUUUAAGCUUGUAGUUCACAUACAUAAUAUAAUUAAUAUUCUCCAAAAUAUUAUGAACAAGUGCAUGAAAAUAUAACAAACAUGGAAGAAGUUUACAAGCUUGUCAUAUUUCCAUAAUAAAUACAACCAAUAAAGAUCCAUCCAGGUUUUGUUGGGGUCACAUUCUUGCUGCUCUUCUUCCAUUGUGUUAAAAUCGGCAUAUGACUUAUAAUUAACUAAACCGAAGAAUCGUGUUAAAGUGGAUCUUUCUCUGCUUUUUUUUUCCUACUUUGAGGAAUAAAUUAGUCAUUUCCAUUUCCAUCACCGUUAACACAAAAGCUUUGUCAUAAGUGGGAAAAUAAAAAUCUGGCAAUAAAAUAACGAAUCAGGUUCUCUGUAUAUUAACUAAUGAAAAGUAAAUAUUUGAAAAGUGUAUUUCUUAAUUGAUCUGUAGAUCAUCUGACACUUGCUUUUUUUUUAGUUUGCAAUUUAAUUUUUAAUUUUUUUUAUUUUUUAAAUCGGUCCGUUUGACAUUUAAAAAUUAUGUGAAUGUACAUGUAUGUUGGGUGAAAACGCUUCUCUUUCACAGCACCUUUAGUCUUCAUAGUGCCUCUCUUUCUUGGUUUCGGUGCCUAUAAUUAAUGCUGCCAGAAAGCGGGGAGGACUCACUGUUCAUGAUGUUUAAUUCAGGAGUAUUGUCUUGCCUGAACCUGCAGGCCAUUAAUAUAUCAAUUUGUACAAUUUGCAUACCUUUUUAAAAUGACUUUUUAAAAUUCAUUUUCUUUCUCUGUUCAUUUUUUGUGAUUAGUAAUGUUAACUGCAUUGUUAAUUGAUUCAAAAUCUUGUAUCUCUUUGGAAAAAGUGCUAAUUAAACUUUGAACAAUUGGAA